AUGAGUCCGGUAGUCCCUGCAGCCGAAAUCCGUGAGAUGAUCGAGCGCAUGAGUGAUGUUCCUGAAGCCGCGUCUUUCGUCUACAUCUAUGCAGCUGUGACGCUUGACCUGACGCGUAGGGAGCCAGUCCAAGAAACAUCUGCCACACGCGACCGCAUCGCAAUGCUGUUGACACGAUCCCUUGAGCUACGUCCUCGACGAGAUCUUACCUGGCAAGUAGGGAUCGAGGAUGUGAUGGGCUGUGUAUUCACGGAAAUGGCAUGCAUCACAUUACGACGUCCGGAUCUGGGCUUCGUUUAUCUUCGCGAGGCAAUCUCAUUACUAUACAUGCUGAACGCUGAUUCAGAAGAAGCAUUGGCAAAUAUGACUCAAAUUCGACGGGCCCGACUCCAGCGCGCAUAUUGGGAAUGCUUUGUCCAUGAAAGAUUCACUGCGCUGACAUAUAACCGUCCAUCGUGUCUGGGUCCAUUAAACACACUACCCGAUCACGAUCCCACACUCCCAGACGAUGUUGAAACCAGUUUCAAUUAUUGUAUCGAGAGCUUCUGUUUAGUUGAUAGACAGUUUCUUGACUUUUGGCUUGGAGACCGAUCGCAGGUUACGGCGGAGUGGAUCGAGGAUAAGCAGCGCCAGUUGGAAGAUAUUGAUUGGCAUCGAGAAGUCUCACAGCUGCCCCAGAUGCAGCAGGCUGAUCUUGUUAUAACGAGGCAUUGGUUGCGGACCCUAACGUGGCAAAUUGCACUUUCUAAUACGCUCCUAUCUUCAUCUCCGGCCUCGUUACUACUUUCGCUCUCUUUUCCGCUGCGAUUAUCGAACUCACUCCGCCAUUUCCUUGUGACGAUUCCGCGAGAUCUGGUGGAGAUUCAUGGAUCUGGGAUUUUGAAAAAAUUAUUUGAGAUUGCGAGUACUAUUACAGAUGUUGUGCUCCAUAUGACGCAUGCGCCGGGGGAUGAAACGGUGGAGCGCAUUCAUGAUAUUUUGUUCUUGAAGAGGUUUGUAUAUUCGUUUGCGGGCUUACAGAACUUAUGGCCCGAGAUCUUGACGCAGAAAUUUGAGAUAAUUCGUGAGAAGUAUCCAGAUAUCAAAGAGAUAAAUCUUCUUCGAUAA